UCUGGUUUUGCUUGAAGCAGUCCCUAGGUGUGGUGUUUUUGUUUUGGUUUGGUUUUUUACCUACCAGCAGACCUAGAGACAGUAAAAUCUGCAGACCUGCCCUGAUUUUUCCCUAGGAAAUACACAAAACAGCUAUAUGAGUGGUAUUUUUAUGAUACAACUUAGACAAUGAUCUCAUUGGUUUAUUUUUCACUUAACUGAAGACGUUUUACUGUAGGAUUCAGACUUCCAUAAGCCCAGCUUCAGCUGAGAUGCUUGUUUUACAAACUCGAAUACAGUGGCACUAAUCGGUAAUGCCCUCUGCAGUUGAUGGCACUCUGCUAGCCUCUUGAUCAGACUGAGUGUUAUGAGCUUCAAAAGUUUGAGAGUCUUUGCACUGGGGUUACUUUUACUAGCAGAAUCUGAAAGACAUGCUGAGCAAGUGAAGCAGGUAAUGCUAACAGUUAGCAUGAAAGGAUGAGGGGAUCCAUAGAGAGUGAUAGCUUUCUGUUCAGUUGUAUAACCACAAGAUUUAGAGCAGAAAUCAGAUCUAUAUUUAGCUUGAAGGACAGAUACUUCUUGUUCCUUUCCUCAUUUGCUGCAGAAAACCUGGGCACAUCUGAGCUUUUUUUUAUGUUUUAACUUUGUCUCCUGCCUUUCCCUUUCAAGGAAAAGGUAGUGCAAGCAUGUUGAUCAAUGCCUUACACACAGUCAGAUUUUAUAGCAGGUGCAUGCAGUUCUGUAUCCCCUGAGAAUCCAUCCCAACAGAGUACUGAAAUUGCUGAAUCCUUAAUUUUGUCACAGUGGGUUACUUUGUAAUUUGUGGGUGUGAGAUUGUUGAUAUUUUAAAAUCCUAACUUCAUUAGCAUCUUGAUGAUCCAAAUUUGUUGGUGGUGAUGGGGAAUGGAUUUUGCAGUGAAGCUCACAGGAUAUAAUAGAACUGGAGAAGAUUCUGGGACAAAGCAUGUGAGGAAGAUGCAGAAAAAAACUGUGCUGCUUACCUCUGAAGAGAGAAGAUUGAAAGAUUUGUCAGACUGGGAGUGAGGCUGAAGAAGUGAAUAGAUCAAGGUACUGAGAAACAUGAAGGAGCGAGUACUUCUGGGAUUACUGAUCAGGAAAAGGAAUUGUCGAGCAGCGCGUUACAAGCUUUUCUGGCUGGAAACUAUGAUGCCUGUUUACAACACCUAAAUACCCUUCAAGACAUCAACAAAGAUGACUACAAAAUAACUUUGAAUACUGCUGUUGCAGAGUUCUGUAGAAGCAACCAGACUACAACAGACAAUUUAAGACAAACCCUUAACCAGCUGAAGAACCAGGUUCACUCUGCUGUUGAAGAGAUGGAUGGUUUAGAUGAUGUUGAAAAUAGUAUGCUGUACUACAAUCAAGCUGUUAUUUUGUAUCAUCUGCGUCAAUAUACUGAAGCAAUAUCAGUUGGGGAGAAGCUGUACCAGUUUAUAGAACCUUUUGAGGAGAAAUUUGCCCAGGCUGUGUGCUUCUUACUUGUAGACUUAUACCUGCUAACUUACCAAGCUGAGAAGGCCUUACAUCUACUUGCUGUUCUGGAAAAAAUGAUUUCACAGGGCAACAAUAACAGCAAGAAUGGAAAAAAUGAGUCAGGUAAUAAUGCAAAUAAAGACUCCUCGAAUCAAAAAGCUGAAAGUGGAGCUUUAAUAGAAGUUGCUAAAUCUAAGAUACAUCAGUAUAAGGUGAGAGCCUAUAUCCAGAUGAAGUCACUGAAAGCAUGCAAGAGGGAGAUCAAAUCUGUUAUGAAUACAGCUGGGAAUUCAGCUCCUUCUCUCUUUCUUAAAAGUAAUUUUGAAUAUUUGAGGGGCAAUUAUCGUAAAGCAGUGAAACUUCUAAACAGUGCAAACAUUGCUGAACAUCCAGGCUUCAUGAAAACAGGUGAAUGCUUAAGGUGUAUGUUCUGGAACAAUCUUGGCUGUAUCCACUUUGCAAUGGGAAAGCACAAUUUAGGAAUUUUUUACUUUAAAAAAGCUUUGCAAGAAAAUGAUAAUGUGUGUGCACAGCUAGGAACAGGUAGCUCAGAUCCAGGUAAAAAAUUUUCAGGGAGACCCAUGUGCACGCUACUGACUAACAAACGGUAUGAGUUACUCUACAAUUGUGGCAUUCAGCUCUUGCAUAUUGGGAGACCCUUAGCUGCCUUUGAAUGCCUCAUUGAGGCAGUCCAGGUUUAUCACUCAAACCCUCGUCUUUGGCUGAGAAUAGCAGAAUGCUGCAUUGCUGCAAAUAAGGGGACAUCAGAACAAGAAACUAAAGGUCUUCCCAGCAAAAAGGGAAUUGUGCAAUCUAUAGUAGGUCAAGGCUACCACCGUAAGAUAGUCCUGGCAUCCCAGUCAAUACAGAACGUUGUUUAUAAUGAUGGGCAGUCCUCAGCAAUACCUGUAGCAAGUAUGGAAUUUGCAGCCAUUUGUCUACGAAAUGCCUUGCUGCUACUGCCAGAAGAUCAGCAGGAGCCAAAGCAGGAAAAUGGAUCUAAAACUAGUAAUCAGCUGGGGGGAAAUACAGAAAACAGUGAAAGCAGCGAAGCAUGCAGCAGUAAAAGUCAUGAAGGGGAUAAAUUCAUUGCAGCUCCACCUUCUUCACCUUUGAAGAAACAGGAAUUAGAAAAUUUAAGGUGCUCAAUACUUGCAUGUAGUGCUUAUGUGGCUCUGGCUUUGGGUGAUAACCUCAUGGCAUUGAAUCACGCAGAUAAACUUCUUCAGCAACCAAAGCUGUCAGGGUCUCUUAAAUUUCUUGGGCAUUUGUAUGCAGCAGAAGCUCUCAUCUCUCUAGACAGAAUAUCUGAUGCCAUCACUCACUUGAACCCUGAGAACGUCACUGAUGUUUCCCUUGGGAUCUCUUCAAAUGAGCAGGAUCAAGGGUCUGACAAAGGAGAGAAUGAAGCGAUGGAAUCUUCUGGCAAGCAGACCCCACAGUGUUACCCCAGUUCGGUCACAUCUGCGCGAACAAUGAUGUUAUUUAACCUUGGAAGUGCUUACUGUCUGAGGAGUGAAUAUGACAAAGCUCGCAAGUGUCUUCAUCAGGCUGCUUCACUGAUCCACCCCAAAGAGAUCCCUCCAGAGGCUAUUCUGCUGGCUGUAUAUCUUGAAUUACAGAAUGGUAACACACAGCUGGCACUGCAGAUCAUCAAGAGAAACCAGCUUCUCCCUUCUGUGAAGACACUCUCCGACAUGCGGAAGAAGCCAGUGUUCCAGCCAGUCCACUCAAUCCAGCCCAUCCAGAUGCCAGCUUUCACCACUGUUCAAAGGAAGUGAGGUCAUGCUUUGCCUGGCUGCUGCCCUGCCCUUGGGGGCUUGGGAUUUUGUAUAUUUUUUUUAACCUAGGACACCUGCAUACCCCAAUUGCUGGAGUGUGUUCAUUUAUGUAAAUUUUUAAUAAAACAUGUAAACAAAAAGAUGUA